GCAAACUCUACAAACAAGAGCAACAGCAAGCAACAAUCCACAAACUACACUCAAACAGAAAUCACAAAAUGACUCAAACUGCUUUCAAGACGAUCGCUGUUGUCGGUGGCUCGGGCGGCCUUGGCGCGUACUUGGUCCGAGCUCUUCUGGCUGCCAAGUUUGACGUUCGCGUCAUUUCGCGCCCUGAAUCUCAGGCGGCCUCGUUGUCAGAGUUGGCAGCGGCGGGUGCCACUAUUGUUCGCGCCGAUACCAGCAACCACGACCAACUGGUGGCUGCGUUGCGAGGUGCCGAAGUUGUCAUUGCCUCUUAUGGUAUCACGACCCUUGCCGAGCAAUUCAAGCUCAUCCCUGCCGCAGCUGCCGCCGGCGUCCGCCGAUAUGUGACGGGUGACUUUGGCAUUGAUCCUCGCGAUGCCAAGGUUCCGCGCCCUUUCAUCCAGUUCAAGAAUGACGUUGCUGCCGCUGCUGCCGCUGCUGGCCUCGAAACCACCCGCAUCUACAAUGCAAGCUUUGCUGACACGACCUUCUACGACUGGGCCAACCUCGACGUGGCUUCGGGCAAGAUCACCAUUCCUGGCGAUGGCACUGCACGCACCGCAUUCGCGCAUCGUGCGGAUGUGGCCGGAUUUACCGCGGCGGCCCUCCUGCACCCCGAGUUGUCCAAGAACGCCGAGCUCGCCAUCGCGUCGGACAUUCUGACCUGGAACGAGGUUGUUGCUACUGCGCGCAAGUAUCGCCCUGAUUUGCAGGUCGAGUACAGCCCGCUGGAUGCCAUUCAGGCCAAGAUUGCGGCAGACCCCAACCCGUGGAACACGGUUGUGCUCCAGCUGUUGUACAUUUUUGGCAGCGGCGAGAAUGCACUGACGCAUGGCUCCGAUGCCGACAAGGUUGGCUACAAGACAACGCACACGCUUGACAGUACACUGGCCGCUCAGCUCAAGCAGUGAAGCUUGGAACUUGUGUGAUGUGUUGAAUAUGUGUGUACAGAACGAAACAAAAACAACGAAACGUUGGCUUUUACUCGACAAUAAAACCAACUUACGCAUGUCAAUCAA